AUGUCGGGGCCUUACUUUAACCCUCGCGGGUACAAGCCUACCCAGGUUACAGACACGGACACCGAGCUAUCGAGUUCGACUACCAUCCGGUACAAACGCCAUGGCGUAGCCUCUCUUGCAGAAUGGCCGUUGGAAGCGCUCACCUCUGUGGGAAGCCUGGCAUUCCUUGCCGGCAUCGUCGUCAUCUUCCUGAAGAUGGAUAACAAGCCGCUCUCGGCCUGGAACAGCGCUGUCUCCCUUAACGCGGUCAUCUCGAUCCUGACGACCGCCUGCUCUACGGCCCUGAUGCACGGCGUCAGCAACUUCAUCAGCCAGCUGAAGUGGCUUCAUUUCAAGAACGGACCCCAGAGGCUCGCGGACCUUGAAAAGUUCGACGAAGCCAGCCGCGGGCCCUGGGGAUGCCUCAAGUUCCUUGCCACCAGCAGGGUAAAUCUGGCCACGAUCGGUGCCUUGGUCACCAUCGCUCGGUUCGCCUUUGCGCCCUUGGUCCAGCAGGUGGUGAUGAUCGAGCAGCGCACCACCCCGGAAGCCACCGCAACCUUUGGAUACGCGCACGAAUAUAACCGUGGCGUGUUGCUGCAGAAUUCUGUCGAUCAGAGCAUCCCACAGGACGCUGGGAUGCAAGCCGCCGUCAUCCAGGGGCUCUAUAACAUCAACAGCCCGGAUAUGUUCAACUGCUCCGGAGCGUGUAGGUGGGAAGGGCAGUACAUCACCCUGGGCUUUAAGAGCCAGUGCUCGAACGUCACCGAAGCAGCGCUGCAGUCGUUGCACUGCAGUAAGACCUCCAACGGCGUCAUUACCUACUGCAACAUGACGACGCCCGGCGGCUUGGGCGUCUCGACCCGACGAGUGGACACGGACUAUUCCACCAGCUACUGGAUGAACGUUUCCACUCCGAGGAACAUCACGGAGGCCAAAGCCAGGUUCCCGGAGAUCGGUCGGUUCGCCCUGUAUAGAUCAACCUCGGACAUUAACUUCCAACCCCUUGAUAUCAAUAUCACCGACUGUUCUCUCUCGUUCACGGCCUACGAAUACACCAAUGCCCAAGCAAACGGCAGUGCCUUCUCCUUCGGACAGACCCGAGAGGUUGACUUUGGAAUCCCCUGGGAGGCCUGGGGCGAUGAACUCAGAGGCGGAUUGCGGACAAACCAGUCGGAGGCCAAGGGCACUCCUGCGCUCGCAGUAUCCUGGAACGACCUCAGGGCUCUGCAGGUCUUCCUCGAGUCUAGUGCGAUUGUGAGCGAGUGGGUGGACGGGAACUGGGUGAACAAGAACUUUGGCCUCAGCGGUGCGCUCGCCGGCGAUGUGGACGUUGGCCAGCGGUUCGGGAAGCUGGCUCUUACCAUGACGAGCUACUUACGCUCUGGACCGAACAGCAUGCUCGCACACGGGCAAAGUCUGAAGAGCGAAGCCUUCGUUUCCAUCCGCUGGCUGUAUUUGGUAGGGCCCAUCGCCAUUGAGCUCCUGGCACUGUUGUUUGCCGUGUUCACGGUUGUCAGCAAUCGGAAGAGCCGGAAUGUCCCGCUGUGGAAGGCCUCUGCGCUUGCGGUGCUUGCUUGCCAGUAUGAUGAUAAGUCUGAGAAAAUACAGACCAAGUUUAAGGAUAUCACGGAGAACAUGCGGACGGCGAAGGAGACCUUUGCACAGCUGGAGUAG